AGCAGAUAAAUGGGAGCGAAGAAAUGGCAGGACACGUGAUCUCUGUUUCCCAUUGGGUGGGUUGGAAUGGUCGAGGAACUUUCUUGUUUCUGGGUUUGUUUACCAAGAACGUAAAAGAUGAGCAAGGUUGGAGGAAAAAAAAAAUAGAAGAAAGUUCCGAAAUAUUACAAAGUGUUGAAGAUAAAGGUCGCAAAAUUUUCUUGACAAAGGCUUGCACU